UUUGAAGUGUCAUUCAAAUUGUGUAUUAGAGUCAGUAUACAUAUAUGUUUGAAAAGAACAUCAUUUUAAAUUCAAUCUCCGAACACAUUGUAAUAAGAUUAAUUAAUUAUACAUUGUUGGGUUACCAUGGAAAUGAAACUAUUGCGUGUAUUAAUGUAUAUUAUGUUUUUAUUUGUGUUAUCAAUCGUCGCGCAUGCGAAAGAGGAAAAGUCCAGCAGAUUUAAAAUUCAACCAAUCAGAACCGAUCCGUUAAAAACAGCACUAUUUAAAAUACAGUCAAAUGCAGAUUAUCUGAGAAAAUCGUUUGCGAGAAAUAGAGAAGAUUAUUUAGAAAUUAUUGAAGUUAUAAAAACAAAAAAUAAAUCUGAUCGUAAAUUAAUAAUCAUAGAAUUAAUUCUAGAUAUUGUGCAUUCUAUUCAAGAAAGUUCAACAUUAAUAGAUAAUGCCAGAUCUAAUAUUAAAAAUGAAGCUUUUCCAAAGAGUGAUGGUAUUAUAAAUGUGAGAGAAUCGUUUGCGAGAUAUAGAGAAGAAUAUUUAGAUAUUAUUAGAGCUAUAAAAACAGAAAAUAAAUCUGAUCGUAAAUUAUUAAUAAUCAUGGAAUUCAUUCAAGAGAUAGUGCAUUCUAUUGAAGAAUAUUCAACAGAAAUAUAUAAUGCCAGAUCUAAUAUUAAAAAUGUAACUUUAUCAAUGAGUGAUGAUAUUAUAAAUGCCUGGUAUACGAUAUUGGAGAACGUAUCUUUUUUUGGAGAUCUUGUUUUUCAUUUCCCAGAUAUAGUCGCAAAAAUUUUAAAAUUUGAAAAGAAAUGGAUUGAAAUAUUAUUGUUGUCCGCGCAAUAUACUGAUUUAAUUGAAGAUUUGGUGGAUGAAUCUAGUUGUGCUGCAAUUUCAUUAGCUAAAAAGGAACUUAAUAAAAUAAAACAAAAAUCUAAAAAAAAAUAUUAUUUGCCUAAUAAAAAGAAGUCAAAGAAGAGUUUCUCAAAAUACACGAAAUUGGAAUUAUAAACAUUCUUGUGAUAGUUUCAAUAAAAUAUAUUUAAAAAUAUUUUUUAAUUUAAAUAAAUUUUAAAAAGAUUUAUAUUUCGAUUCACAUCAUAUUAACAUUGAUAAAAAUCUUUUCUAACUUUAC